AUGUCGCUUCCUGACUUUACGAACGCUGAGAACCUCUCCAAGCUGGACUCGUUCCUUGCUUCGAAGUCGUACAUUGAUGGCCACGAGGCCUCGCAGGCCGAUGUUGCCGUCUACGAGACCCUCAAGUCGCCUGUCGACUCGGCGAAGUACCCGAACGUGUCGCGUUGGCAGGAGCACAUCAAGUCCUACGAGGCCGAGCACUCGGGUCUCCAGGGCGACAAGGCCAAGGCCGCUGAGCUCCUCAACUUUGGUGCCGCUGCUGGUGAGAACGACGAUGAUGUCGACCUGUUCGGCUCCGACGAGGAGGAGGAUGCCGAGGCUGAGCGCAUCAAGGCUGAGCGUGUGAAGGAGUACCAGGCUCGCAAGGCUGCCAAGGGCCCUGGCCCCGUCGCCAAGAGUGUCGUCACCUUCGAGGUCAAGCCUUGGGACGAUGAGACCGACAUGGUGGAGCUCGAGAAGGAGGUCCGUGCCAUUGAGAUGGACGGUCUUGUGUGGGGUGCCAGCAAGCUCGUUCCUGUUGGUUACGGUGUGAGCAAGCUCCAGAUCACCAUCGUCGUUGAGGACGACAAGGUGUCGCUCGAUGAGCUCCAGGAGCGUGUCCAGGAGAUUGAGGACUACGUCCAGUCGUCGGACAUUGCUGCCAUGCAGAAGCUCUAA